UCUGCAAGAUCAGGAGUGAAGAAAAUCUGUAGUGGACUGAAGAUGUUAAAGUGUGAAUUGGAGAUACUGAGACUUUCAAACUGCAGUUUCACUGAAGAAGGUUAUAAAGCUCUGGCUUUAGCUCUGAGAUCAAACCCUUCACACCUGAUAGAGCUAGAUCUGGCAGGAAAUGAUCCUCGACAAUCAGGAGUGAAUCAGCUCACUAAUGUGCUCAAGAAUGGAUACUGUAAAUUAAAGAUACUCAGGCUAAAUGAUUGUAAUUUAACAGACAAAUGCUGCUCAGUUCUGUCUAAACUUCUUGGAUCAGAAACUAACCUGAAAGAGCUGAACAUGAACAAUAAUAAUCUGCAGGAUUCAGGGGUGACUUAUCUCUGUACUGGACUGAAGAAUAAGAAGUGCAAAUUAGAGAUACUGAGGCUUUGUAAGUGUGACCUGACAGAGAAAAGCUGUUCAGAUCUUGCUUCAGUUCUCAAUUCAGACUCUAGCAGUCUGAAGGAUCUUGACCUGAGCAACAACGAUCUGCAUGAUUCAGGAGUAAAGCUGCUCUCUGAAGGACUGAGAGAGAAAUGUAAACUACAGAAACUCAGAUUUUCAAACUGCAGUAUCACUGAAGAAGGCUAUAAAGCUCUGGCUUCAGCUCUGGGAUCACAUCCUUCACACCUGAUAGAGCUGGAUCUCACAGGAAAUGAUCCUGGACAAUCAGGAGUGAAGGAGCUCACUGAUUUACUACAGGAUCCAAACUGUCAACUGAAGACACUGAGGUUGUUACAGAAUCCUUCUGCAGUUGAAGCAUGUCAGUAUGUGACUGAAGUUGUGGGGGAAAACCCAUUACUCCUGAGAGAACUGAAUCUGAGUGGACAUGAACUAGGAGACGAACAAGUGAAUCAGAUUGCCGCUCUACUGCAGGAUAAACACUGUAAACUCAAGAAGCUGAUGAUGCGUUAUUGUGGUAUAACAGAGAAAAGCUGUUCAGCUCUUACUUCAGUCCUGAGAUCAAACUCCAGUUUGGAAGAGGUGGACAUUAGCAACAAUAAUCUGCAGGAUUCAGGAGUGAAGAAACUCCUGAAUGGGUUGGAAAAUACAAACUGCACACUGAAGAAACUAAGGCUUUCAGACUGCUGUAUCACUGAAGAAGGUUAUAAAGCUCUGGCUUCAGCUCUGAAAUCAAACCCUUCACACCUGAUAGAGCUGGACCUCACAGGAAAUGAUCCUGGACAAUCAGGAGUGAAGGAGCUCACUGAUUUACUACAGGAUCAAAACUGUCAACUGAAGACACUAAGGUUUUUGGGUCCUGGUGCAGAUGAAGCCUGUCAGUAUGUGACAAGAAUUAUGGGUAAAAGCCCAUUACUCCUGAGCAAGCUGCAUCUGAGUGAAUGUGAACUAGAAGACACACAAGUGAAUCAGAUCGCUGCUCUACUGCAGGAUAAACACUGUAAACUCAAGAAGAUAAUGCUAAAUAAUAACAGGAUCUCAGUAGAAGGUGUUGCUACUCUGACUUCAGCAUUGAAUUCAAAUCCUUCAAACCUGACAGAGCUGGAUCUGAGUGGGAAUAAAAUAGGAAACUCUGGAAUUCAGAAGAUCUGUCCUCUGUUGAAUAAUCCUCAGUGCAGAUUGAAGACACUGAAACUUUCAAGCUGCAGUAUCACAGAAGAAGGAUAUAAAGCACUGGCUUUAGCUCUGAGAUCAAACCCUUCACACCUGAUAGAGCUGGAUCUCACAGGAAAUGAUCCUGGACACUCAGGAGUGAAGGAGCUCACUGAUUUACUACAGGAAGGUUGCUGUAAAUUGAAGAACAUCAGGUAUUUCAAAAGUCCUGAUGCAGAAGAUGUGUGCCAGUAUAUUACUGAAAUUCUGGGUAAAAGUCCAUUAUUACAGAAAGAACUGGAUCUGAGUGAAGAUAAAUUAGAAGAUCUGGAUUGGGAGAAGUUCUCUGCUUUUUUAAUGGACACUCAUAGCAAAGUGGAGAAAAUUAUGCUGAAUAAUUGUAAGCUGACAGAGAAAAGUUGUUCAGUUCUAGCUACUGUUCUCUCCUCCAAAACCAUCCUGAAAGAGGUGAACCUGAACAACAGCCAUCUGCCGGACUCAGGAGUCAAAGAGAUCUGCAAGGGACUGAAGAAUCCUGAUUGUGAGCUGAAGAUACUCAAACUUUCAGACUGCUGUAUCACUGAAGAAGGCUAUAAAGCUCUGGCUUCAGCUCUGAGAUCAAACCCUUCACACCUGAUAGAGCUGGAUCUCACAGGAAAUGAUCCUGGAGAAUCAGGAGUGAAGGAGCUCACUGAUUUACUACAGGAUCCAAACUGUCAACUGAAGACACUGAGGUUUUUGAGAACUUUUGCUGCAGAUGAAGCCUGUCAGUAUGUGACAGGAAUUGUGGGUAAAAACCCUCUACUCCUCAGAGAACUGAAUCUGAGUGAAUGUGAACUAGGAGAUACACGAGUAAAUCAGAUUGCUGCUCUACUACAGGACAAACACUGUACACUCAACACACUGACGCUGUGUGGAUGCAGUAUUACAGAGAAGCAAUGCCUCAUCCUGACAUCAGCUCUGAAAUCAAACCCAUCACACCUGAGACAACUGAACCUCAGUGGGAAUAAAAUAAAGAACACAGGAGUGAUGCACAUAUGUGAUCUCCUGAAUGAUUUCCACUGUAAACUGGAGAGAUUGAGGUUAAGAUACUGCAAUAUGACAGUUGAAGGUUGUUCUGCUGUGACUUCAGCUCUGAAAUCAAACCCAUCACACCUGAGGGAGCUGGACCUAAGUGGCAACAACCUAAAAAACUCAAGGCAAAAAACACAUUUGUAUGAUGUACUGAAGGAUUCACACUGUAAAAUGAAAAAAAUGAGGUUCACAAGAUGUGACAUGAAAGAUGAAGAUUGUUCUGUUCUGACGUCAGCUCUGAAAUCAAACCCAUCGCACAUUAGAGAGCUGAACUUAAGUGGGAAUGUAUUAGGACAAUUGGGAGUAACAACCCUCAGUGAUGUACUGAUAAACCCACAAUGCAAGCUGGAGAAACUAGAUCUGUGCGAAUGCAGUAUUACAGAGGAACUGUGUCUCAUCCUGACUGAAGCUCUGAAAUCAAACCCAUCACACCUGAGAAAGCUGAACCUCAGUGGGAAUCAACUAGGAGACUCUGCUGUUGAAAACCUUGGGAUUCUAUUAGGAAGUUCACAAUGCAAGCUGGAAAAACUAUAUCUGUGCGGAUGCCAAAUUACAAAGAAACACUGCAUCAUCCUGACUCCAUCCCUGUGUUUAAACCUUUCACACCUGAGAGAGCUGGACCUCAGUCAGAAUAAAAUCGAGAACAAAGGAGUGAAGAUCUUGAGUGAAAUACUGGAUAAUUCACGGUGUCAGCUGAAGAAAUUGAGUCUAAAUGACUGUGGAAUUACAGAUGUUGCACAUUUAACUGAUUCUUUGGACAAGACUAAAGCGUUGACAUCUUUAAAAGAACUUGAUUUGAGUAACAAUAAUAUAGGAUCCUCGAAAAAUCAGCUCAUUUAUGUGCUACAAGACUCAAACUGUAAUCUGAGGUAA